AUGACUAUUUCAAGCGUUAUGGAUCCUGUCGCUGGCGGCGAGGAUGCAUCGAUGGAACAAGAUAUUGGAGGAGCAAUUAACAAUUCUAAAGUUGAUACUGAAAUUAGUGAAGAUAUUGGUCAAUUGUUACCAACAGAAGUUUCAUCAGCUGAAUCUGAUAAUUUAGAUGAUGAUGAUGAUGAUAACGAUCUUGAUCAAGAAAAUGAAAACUUGCUGGACGAGAUAACAGAAGAGGAUAUAAAACGCAGUAGUGAUGGUAAUGGUAAUAAUAAUGAGGAUGGUAAAAACUGUUUUUCCGUUAACCAAGAAAGAAAACCUUUAUCUGUAAUUAAUAAUGCAACCAAUAAGAAAGGUAAUACAAAACCAUUGAAUCAAGAACAAGUUGCGCCUACGGCUGAAAAGUCACAAGGUGAUAGUGGUGAAACUGAAUUACAGGCACAGGCACGCGCGCAGGCACGCACACAGGCACAGGAAAAAGAAGAUUAUGUUCCUAAAACGGAAAGUAACGGUGAUGCAAAUGAUACAAGUGAUACUGGCACUACUACAAGUUUUCGUGGUCGUCCAAGUUCAUGUGUAUUUGUUGCAAGUUUAGCUGCUUCAUUAUCUGAUGAUGAAUUGUGCAUUUCUGUUACAGAAAGUUUUAAACAAUAUGGUCAAUUAGCAAGGGUUAAAGUUCUCAGAGAUCCAGCUAAUAGACCUUAUGCAUUUGUACAAUAUACCAAUGAUAGAGAUGCUAAACGUGCAUUAAAGAUGGCAAGAGGUUCCAUGCUAAAUGGUAGAACUUUACGUUGUGAAAGUGCACGUGUAAAUCGUACUCUAUUCGUGACUCAUGUGACUCCAGUUUAUUAUUUAGAAGUGGCAGAUUUAUGUGGUAAAUUUGGUGAAUUGGAACAAUUAGUACCAAGCAGUGAUCAAAAUCAAUUUGGUAGAAGAUAUAAUUAUCCCUCUUCGAAUACUAGUUCAUGGUUUGUUCAAUUUGCCUAUAGAGAUGAUGCUAUUAGAGCGUUUGCCAACCUAAGAACUAAUUCUGAUUGGGAUGUUGAAUGGGUUCAAAAUAUUGAAGUACCAAAAUACUACAAUUUAUUGAAUAAAAAGGAUAAACAACAAACUACUAAUAGUCGUGGUAAAUCAACUGUUACCGAAAAUGAUCUUGAUGAAGAAUCUGAAUUUGGCGAUAACCAUGAUUCUUUUUCUUCUUCAAAUACUACUAGCAGCGAUGAUCGUAUUGUUAUCGAUAAAAAAUCAAUAUUUGUUGGCCAAUUGGAUCAAUCUGUGACUAAGGAAAAACUACUAGAAAGGUUUUCCACUCAUGGUAAAAUUUCGGAUUUGAAUUUAAUUAAUAAAACUAAUAAAGUUUUCACAUUUAUUCAAUUUGAAACUGAAGAAGCCGCUGCUGCUGCAUUAGAAAGAGAGAAUCAUGCAAUUUUCUUAAAUAAAACAAUGCAUGUUCAAUACAAAGAAGUUGGUGGUCAUCGUAGUAGAAGAAAUUUCCGUAGAGAUGGUUUUUAUGGGAAUGUUCGCAAUCCUGGUCCUGGCGGUGCCCCCAAUAACGGUGGUUCUGGUGGUAGUAAUAGUACUACCACUGCUUCCGCUGCUGCCGCUGCCGUUGUUGCUGCCGCUGCUGGUCACGGUGGUCAGGGUGGUCAAGGUCGUGUGUUUACUGGUCCUCAAGUCAAUUUGGCCCCACCUCCAAUUAAUAUGUACCGAAGGCGGGCACAAGAAAAUGAUACAUCAAAUGUGGUUCCACCUUAUAUGGCACAACAAAUGUCUACUCCAACUUCUGAAUUCGAUAUGAAUUAUAUCCCCUACAUGAAUGCUGGCUUUAGACGUAAAUCUUCCUUUGUCAAUAAUGGUUGGUCUUCAUCUAGAAGUCACAGUAUGAAAUCUGAAAUGGAUACUGUUUGUGGUGAUGGUGCUACUGAUGCUACUUCAGAUGCGCCAUCUGAAUCUGGUGGUCAAACCAAUUCUCCAACCACUUAUAACAACUCCUCUGCUGGCAGUAUGGGGCAAAAUAAUAAUAACAGUACCAGCCAUAAUGGUAGUGAUAAUAAUGAUGGUGAUGAUGAUGAUGAUGAUGAUGAGAAUACUAAUAAUAGUAAUAAUAAUAAUAAUAAUAAUAACAAUAAUAAUAACGGCAACACCAAUGGUAAUAACGGCCACCAUAAUAGUCAUCAUAACUAUAAUGUUGGUAAUUUCAAUACUGGCGGUAAUGGUAAAAGAAAAUAUGGGAAACGUGGUGGUAAUAAUAGAUUCCAUGAUACGCCAAAACCUUAUUACUUCCAACCAUAUUACUAUCAUCCAAUGCAUUAUCCAAUGGGUCCCCUUGGUCCUGUGGCACAUGCUCAUCCAUCUCAGGCUGCUGCUGCUGCCGCUGGUAACCAUCCUUAUAUGAUGAUAUACCCAAUGCCCCCACCACCACCAACUGGUGUUGAUGGCAAUCUUUUAGCACAAUCAUUACCUUUAGGCCCACCUGGACCAAUGUUGCAUGGUUCACCUCCAACUUCUCAAUCUCAAGAUGCGCGUUCAGAGGCUAAUGAAUUUGUUCCCAACACUAAAUCUUGCCAGCUGGAUUAUUGA